AUGAACUCUUCGGUAUCUGCACUUCAGUGGGCGAUACUUGUCCUCACGGACGCGUGGCUUAGGUUCCUGCUGCAUACUAGCCAAAAGCAGUACUGGGCCCCACCACGCGCACCUCCCCUUCCUCCCCCCCUCACUGUGGCUGACGAAUUCUUCGACUGCUCUCGACUAGAGCACACCUUCGACACCCAGGAGCAGCCCCUUUCUUCAUCUGUGAUCGGCAACCAUGCCCUAAUCGAACCCCACGGUCCAUCACCACCGACAAAGGGCGCUACGUACCAAUCCGACGAGUCCAGCAUCCCAGCGGCCCAGCACUUCGGUACGCUGGCACAUCGUGAUCUACCUCUCAUCACGUCACUCCUGUCCCAUCUCGACCUGCCUCUCCAGGCACCCGCAUCCCCCAACCUGUCGCCAGUACAGCCUUCAGUGACCCCUCAAGCGAUCCCCCAGUCCUCCCUGGGGCCACGGUUGGAAAGGCCUCCCAAGACCGAGCCCCGCGACACUCCGCCGCAUUCUUGGGCCGGCUCGUCGUCAGCGGUCACCGCCUCGACUUCAGUCCCUAUCCUACGUCACCCUGCCUCCGGGCUUCCUCAAUCGACUUCACCGCCGUCGCCACUGCGAGGCCGCUCAAGCACUCGUUCCUCGAGAAGUUCGCCCGGCGGACAGUCACAACAGUCGCCUUCGCCCGCGGGCAGUCCUUCGUCCCCCUCAUCGCCGAUAAUGUCCUCCCCUGCUGCCGUCCCUGAUAAGGAGACACUGAAGCUCCUCCUCCCGCUCCAAUAUGACGGGAAGUUGGUGGUCGAAUGCAACUGCUUCAUCUCGCAGUUGCUCAUCUACUGGACGAUCAACAUGGCCCUCUCUUCCCUCGAGCUGAAGAUCCAGCUCGCCUCUGUCCAAAUCGGGAUCCAGGGAGCGACAACCCCCUUUGCCGACGAAAAGGCCUUCCUUAAAGCAUUUAAGGCCCGUUUUGGCAAUCUCGACGAUGCUGCCGCGGCACAGGUGGAGCUCUCCAAGCUCUGUGCCAACAAAACCAUGCGCAAAAAGCGCACCGCCGCAGAGUUCUCUGCGCUGUUCAAGGGUCCGGCGGACCGUUCCGGGUAUGGGAACCUGGAACUACGUAACAAGUACCUGAGCGGCAUCCCUUCCCGCAUCUAUCGCAAACUCGAGCUCGAAACCUUUGCCACGUGGCAAGACACUGACAAGUGUGCCACCGAGGUCGAGCAAAUCCUCGACCACAAGGUCGAGGACGCGGAGGGGCACGUGGUGGUGCACCCUCGUCACAUGGAGCUUCGGCCAGCAUCAAUGCGGCCGUCAGAAAAGGAAACUUCCCUGGCACCUGCUUUGGCUGUGGGAAGCAAGGGUACCGAUGAUUCGAGUGCCCCAAUUGCCGCGACAAGUGCCCCCGUCACGACGACACCCUCGGCAAGUAUAAGUGCCACUUCAGCGAAAUCUGAGCAAUCGGAGCUGGCGGACUUAAUGGCACAGGUGAAGUCGAUGUGUGAGGAGCUCGAGCACUAUCGGGCGAUGAAGGAGGAGGGUUUUUGA